AUGGCCAGCAACACUACCCCUGCGAACAGCAACGGAGCGGCAGCCGCCUCAACUAACCAGGGCAGCUGGGAUGAGGAGCGUCUCCGUGAUGCAAUGGAGCAUCUCAAGUUGUUACACAUCAAGCUGCGCGACUUGAGGACAACCAUUCCCCGUAUGCUUCAACCGUUGACGGAGAAGCAGCCAUCUCCCGAAGCCCUCUUUCACUCGUUCUCCGACUCUGUUAACAACAGCUACAAGGAAGUGCAGGAGUUUACAGAGAUGAAGAAGGAUGCGAAGACAAGGCAAAUUCUGGAGCACGCCGCCCAGCGCCGAAAAGAGGAGCCUCAGGGAAUCAAGCUAUGGAGGUCGAAGGACCAUCCCGAUUGGAUGACGAUAGACAGUUCAUCAUGA